UAGUUGAACUUUUCAGAAUAAUGGGAAAGGGUGACUCCAUAAUCGUAGCAGUUCGGGUUCGACCUUUCAAUGAUCGAGAAAAGACAAGAAAUUGCAAAUUGGUAAUUGAAAUGCCAGAUGAGGAAACAACAGUUAUUCGAGAUCCUAAAACAAACGAUGAAAAACGAUUUACAUAUGAUCAUUCAUAUUGGUCACAUGAUGGUUUCUCUGAAAAGAAAAAUGGAUAUUUGGAACCUACGGAUCCUCAUUAUGCGGAUCAGAGACGAGUUUUCGAAGAUCUUGGCAGAGGUGUUCUUGCAAAUGCAUGGGCUGGAUACAACUGUUCAUUAUUUGCUUAUGGACAAACUGGAAGUGGAAAAAGUUAUUCAAUUGUAGGCUUCAAAAACAAUAAAGGAAUCGUGCCAAUAGUUUGUGAGGAACUAUUCAAGCAAAUUGCGGAUAAUAAAAAGAAAAAUAUGCAAUUCGAAGUUUUCGUUUCAAUGAUGGAAAUCUACUGUGAAAAAGUUCGAGAUCUUCUAAGUUCAACUCCACCGCCAAAAGGUGGUCUGAAAGUGAGAGAGCACCCAAAAAAUGGGUUCUACGUGGAAAAUCUAACAACAGUCCCGGUGAACAGUUUCAAAGAAAUUGAAGCAAAAAUUGAAGAAGGAACGAAAAGUAGGACUAUUGCGGCAACACAAAUGAAUGCAACAAGUAGUAGAGCUCACACAAUUGUGAAAAUAACAUUUAAUCAGAAAUCUAGUAAGCAAGCUGGAGGUACAUCGAUGAAGAAAAGUGAGAUUAAUUUGGUGGAUUUAGCUGGAAGCGAACGUCAAUCUGCAGCUGGAACUGAAGGAGAUCGUUUGAAAGAGGGAAUUGUUAUCAAUCAAUCACUGACAACACUUGGAAGAGUUAUAAAAGCUCUUCAUGAUUCACAAAAGGCUAAAAGCGGAAAGAAAACACAAAUUCCAUAUCGAGAUUCUGUACUGACUUGUUUGCUGAAAAACGCACUUGGUGGAAAUAGUAAAACUAUUAUGAUCGCAGCAAUAUCUCCAGCAGAUAUCAAUUUUGAAGAAACACUUUCCACGUUGAGAUUUGCUGAUCGUGCAAAGUCAAUUAAAACGAAUGCAGUGGUUAACGAGAAUCAAACAGAACGAGCUCUUCGUGAACUCCGAGAGGAGAACCUUCGUCUUCAAAGUCAAAUCCAGGGUGGAACUGCAGGAGAUGCCAGUAAUGAAGAAAUCGAGAAACUUCGACGCCAACUGGCUGAAAAUCAAAAAGAAAUGGAAGAAAUGGAGAAAUCCUGGCAACAGAAAAUCGCAGAAGAAGCAGCCAAACAUGCCAGUGGAGCAAGUGAAAAAGUGGAGAUGGAGGCGAAGAAGAAGAAAAUGUGUCAUUUAUGGAAUCUGAAUGAAGAUCCUGCAUUGACAAAUGUCAUUGUUCAUUUUAUUCCAGUCGGAGAAUCCGUGGUUGGGAAUAAGCCAACAAGUUCUGGAAACUUUAUUCAAAUGAGUGGAUUGUCGAUUCUUCCACAGCAUGUUACACUAAAGAAUGAUGGAAAUAAUCAAAUACAUUUAAGUCCUUGUUCAGAGGACUUGGACAUUUUUAUAAACGGAAAACCAGUUCAUGGUGAGACACAACUGCAACAAAAUGACCGUGUAUUUUUCGGUGGAAAUCAUUUGUACGUAUUCAAUAAUCCCACUAAAAAAGGUAUACGAACUGAUAUCACUUAUGAGAAUGCUCAAGCUGAAAUUGCACAAAAUCAUGCCGCAGCUCUAGGAAACAGAGGGCUCGGAGGUGGAUCUAAAAGAGAUUUAAUACUUGAAGAAGAGCUUAUGUCAACACUUCCAUUAGUUCAGAGAGCUAAUGCAAUGGCCACUGAGUUGGGCCGAAAUGUGAAAUUUGAAAUCGUUUUGGUGUCACCUGAGAUGCGCGGGUUGACUAGUGGUCUAACAGAGAUUUGGGUAAAAGUACAUAAUAUCUCGGAAGACACCUACUUUCUUUGGGAAAAAUCUCGAUUCAUGAAUCGUUACUACGGAAUGCAAGAGAUGUAUGAAGCAAAACAAGAUGGUAGUGAGGAUUGGAAUAUGCCAAAAGAAAGAGAUCCAUUCUAUGAACCACCUGAUUCCCCAGUGUUCAUUGCGUCUUCUGUCGUAUUUUUGCAAAGUUUGGCGUAUUUGAUUGAUGUGGAGGAACAGUUUCCAAUCGUUGAUUUAUCAGGUCAAGAAAUAGGCCUACUAACAGUAGGUCUCUCCCCGUGUUCCACAACAGGAAAAGAACUUCGAGGAGAAUAUGUUGAAGAUCCUGAUCAACUUAUCGGAAAGAACAUUGCUUUCAAAGUGAAAGUAAUUUCAGCUGUCGGUUUACCGAGACGAAUUUUAAAGUCAAAUUGCAAAUAUCGAUUUUUUGGAUCAAAAAAGAUGACAACCACGGCAACUGUAUCCGGAAAUACUCCAGCCUACGGUCACGAAGAAACAUUUCAAUUUAAGCCGGUCACAAAAGAAGUAGCCGAUUAUCUAGCAAAUUCCAAUUUAUAUAUCACAUUCUGGGGAACACAAAGACCUCGUGGGGCAAGUAGUCGAAAGAAUAGUAUAUCUACAAUUGGAAGUAAUGAAGCAAGAGAAGGACCCAAUAAAGCGAAGCGUGUUGAGAGAUUGGUGCAUCAAGCGAAAACUUCGGAGAAUCGAAACAUUUCUGUAAAAGCCCUGGAGACAGUACUCAAAGGUGUUGAUGACAACGAGAAUCGAAAGACACGCAAACAGUCGAUGAAGAAGGCCGGUUCGACGACAAUCAAAAGUCGGAGUGGAUCGAAGAAACCAAAGGCGAAAUAAGGGAAAUUUGCAUAAAUCACAACUUUUUACGGUGGCUACCAAAUGGGGAGGGCAAAUAGAGAAGAUGACUAACACACACUUUUUUUGACCAAAUACUCUUCUUGUCACCUUUUUCGGUGUGAUUCGUCAUUUUUCUGUUUAGGUUUUCAACUCUUAUCUCAAAAUCAAAUCAAUCGGUUUUAUUUUUCUGUUUGAUCUACCACUGACUUUUUUGAUAAAUAUUUAUCCAUCCUAGAAA